AUGGAUAGUAAAAGUGAAGAAAUUAGUUCAAUAUUUGAACGUUUUCGUCAAUAUCUUAUGAUAAAUGACAUAAAUUUAUUAAUAAACGAAUUUAAUCAUUAUCGUACAACAUGGUCGACAAAUAAAUUUCGUAUGUUUUUAACAAAUGCUCUCGUUGUUAUGCGAACAUGGGCAGAUAGUCAACAACAAAUAGUAAAAAUUGAUGAAAAUGAAGACUGGGAUGCUGAAGAAAUACCAUCAACUAAUUCAACAAUUGCUGAAAAAAUGAAAGCAUCUGCACAUUAUUUAUUUAUUUCUAUUGUCGAUUAUUUACAAUCAGCUGCUAAAUCAGGACAAACAGAUCGUAUGCCGACAGAUGUUGAAUUUGAUAUGUGGAAACGAAUUGUUACAAAUAAAUGGACUAUGAAUGAAAAGUUUUAUAUUCAUAUUUAUAAUGAACAUAUAUGUUUACCAACUCGUUUAACACGUUCACUUCAUAAUGAAAUGUAUGAGUUUUAUACUUCAACAAGUACAUGGUCAUCAUCAACAAAAAUUCUUCUGAUCGAAUUAGGUUUCGUUUAUUUAUUAAUUCAUGAUAAUGUAUUUCUUGGUUGUAAUCAUGUUUUAUCAGCUAAUACACUUUUUAAUCUUGAUGAUUAUAUUAUGUUAACUAAACAUAGUCAAACAAAUCCAACAAAUUAUCAAACAAAAUUAAUAAUAUCAAUGAAUACACCAGAAAAAAUGAAAAUAUUUUUAGACUAUUAUCCUAAUGUUGAUUUAACAGAAUUAAUAUCGGGUAAUAGUGAACUUUAUCAACAACGAACACCAUUAACAAUAUUUGAUAGGCUCUUAAAAAUGGAACCAUUUUAUUAUGAAACAAUUGAUCAUAUGCCUCUAGUAGAAAUACCAAAUUUUACUUCAGAUCAUUGUAAUGUUCGAUCAGCAAAUAUGUUAUAUUUAUUUCAAAAACUUAUCUGUAAUGGUGCUAAACUUUCAAUAACACUCGAUAGUGCUUAUUAUCAAAAUCAUCGUAUUCCAUUUUUUGUUACUACACUUGGUUUUUAUCUUCUAUCAAUAAUUCAUUUUCGUAAUACAUUUAUUAUUCCGUUACUUGAAGCAGCCGAUGAUAGUGAUAAUGAUAUUCUUCCUAAUUCAUUAACAACAACUAAAACAAAUCAAAAUAUAAAUCCAACUUAUUUUGAUUCAAUAAAUAAAAAUUAUAUUUAUUAUCUUAUAAAACGUGCAUCAACAUUUUCACCAUUAUUUCGUUCAUUUUUUUUCAAUCAUUUAAAUAUAUCCUGUCCUUUUUUACAUAAAACAGAAUUUUUAAAUCAUAUGAA